AUGACCGGUGAUCAAAUCCCGAGGAAGAUGUUCAAAUGGCUGUGCUGGCAGAGAUGGGUCGUCAAACCAAGGAUGCGCAAGGCCGACGGUGCGGGAGAUGACGCUUGGUCCAACCUUGACCGGCUAGCUCUCCACCUCGCUAAUCGGGGGAAAAUAACAUUGCUCCAUGUUCAACAGAAAGAUUUUGGAAGACCUCAUUUGGCUUUGCUCAGCUGGUGUUCCGAGCGAUCUUACGAUGUUAGUAAAUUUCAGCAAAGGGUUGCUAAUUAUCCCUUCGAUGAUCACAAUCCUCCUAAAAUUGAAGUAAUUAAACCAUUUUGUGAGGAUGUUCACACUUGGUUGUCGCAAGAUUCUAAUAAUGUUGCUGCGGUUCAUUGCAAAGCUGGAAAGGGUAGAACGGGUGUUAUGGUUUGUUGUUAUAUGAUUCAUGCUAAACUUUUCGAAACAGCAAAUGAAGCACUAAACUAUUAUGGUCAUAUGCGAACAACUGAUACGAAGGGCGUUACUAUUCCUUCACAAAGAAGGUAUGUGAACUACUAUGCGAGUUUGGUGCAAGAAGGUUUAGAAUAUUCUCCAGUUACAUUAACGAUUCGGGAAAUACGUCUUGAACCACUUCCGAAUCUUUUUAAUGGAACCCAGGGAUGUGUAAUGUUUGUUAUCUCUGAAGGAAAAGAUAAAGUCUUUACUUCUGAACAGUAUGACGUUAAAAAGGGAGGUUCUUAUAUUUCAAUAAAAUUGGAAGUACCUCCGGUACAAGGGGAUAUUAAAGUGGAGUUCUUUAGCAAACAAAAAAUGAUUAGAAAGGAGAAAAUGUUCCAUUUUUGGUUUAACACUUUCUUUGUCCGGGAAGAGUUUAAAGGAGGUGAAAAUGGUAAUUCAGAAUGUAAUGAGGUUAUGCCAGAACGUUCCCUGAGCUGCGUUGAGCAGCGAACUUCAAAUCCGCCUCAACUCUACAAGCCGAGGGCGAACUCAUUGGUGAACUUAGAAACUGAAGGUCUCCCUUUAAUAUUAAGGAUCGAUAAAUGGGAUCUGGAUGAUGCUCACAAAGACAAAGGAAACAAAGUUUAUCCAUCGGAUUUUAGGGUAAGUGUGGUAAUGAGUCGAGUUGGUGCUCUUUGGACGAGGAGAGGACCUGGGAUUUCUCGUGAAACUCCCUCAGAGUCUUCAGAUGAUACGACUGAGUCAUCAACCGCUGAUGAAGACGAAGACGGCUGGGAGUCGGUUGAAGCUGGUGUCGGGCGGUACAGCCUCCUCACAGAUCUCAUCCUUAGUGGGCCUCCCUCAUGAUUGGCUAUUCUUGAUAUCCUUGCGCUCUCUAGCUAUCUGCUAUCUUAAUCUUUUGCUCGGUUGACAAGACUCUGAGGGACAAGAUGCGAACUGCUUGAAUGUUGACAGACUUAAAAUUAUUACAUAUAAAUGUUAUGUAUUUAUUAGUACUUAUAUACCAUUUAUAUGUAUAUGUUAUGUUAUGGUUCAGAUCUAAUGCAUAUUCUUGGCAAAUCACUUUCAUAAAAAUGGUCUUUAUAAUUUCCCCCCCUAAUCUUAUUAAGAAAUAUAGUACUGAUAUGCUUAUUCUUUUUUUUUUUCUUUUUUUUUUUUGAAAUUAAAAGCUUUGGGCAAGGAAAACCGCUGGCCAUGUCAUAAGAAGUUUUUUUUUUAUUUCAUAGCGCAUUAUGAAUUAUUCUUUUCUGACUAGAACUAACGAUUUUCUUGCCCUAGCGUAGUGUUUUAGAGAAAACAAUAGAUGUGCAUUACUUAUGCCUGUCAAUAAAAUAAAUUUAUGAGUCGUGUAUGUACAUACAGAUAUAUAUUUAAAACUUGUACCUGAUUCUGCAUGGUGAUUACAGUGGGUUUGCAAUAAAUGUAUAUAUGAAGGAAUGGACAUGCAUUCCCUAUAAGAUAUUGGUGAAUUAAGUCACUGUACGUAUAUGUGUAGUGCUUAGAAUUUUUUUUUUUUUUUUAUUAAAUAAUAAUUCUAAAUUAUCUUUUUUUUUUUUACGUAAAUUAGAAUUUAAGUCAUUUCACAACUCGUAGUGAUUUUUUUGUGUAAUUUACUUGGUUACUUUUUAAAAAUUUUGUUUAUUUAUAGAAAUUUCUACUUCUAUUAAAAAAAAAAAAUGAUUAAAAAUCAUAAAUUUUACAUAAUGAUGUUAUUCAUUAUGUAUUUAUUUAUUUAUUUGUGACUUCUACAUACAUUGUAGAUAAACCUUGAAAUGUUAAUUAGUAAGAUGAUUUAAAUGCCAUAUUUAGAGAAUUUAUGCUCAGUAGAAUAUAAGAAAAAUCUCAUUUCAUUGUUUAUUAUUUAUUUUGAAUAAAUAUAAUUGUUUUUGUUUUCCUUCUUAAAUUUAUUUAUUUUUAGAACAUUUAAAUUAAUGCUACUUAAUAAAAAUAAAUUGUGGUAGAUAAAAUUUCUGGAAUCCAGGCUUUAUUUAAAAAUCUAUUGGAUUUAAAAAAUAUAUAUAUUAUUUCAUGUAUUAAAUGUUUUCUCUCUUUUUUUUUUUUAAAUUUUUAUUUUAGUUGUGUACAUUACGUGAAAUUUAUUGUUUAAGCUUACUUGUUAAUUGUUUACUUUUAACUAAUUGCUGUAGAAAUUAUAGAUAGGGUAUUUAAUAUAUUGUUAAUUAGGAUUGUUUAUGUUUUGUACAUACAAAAAAUUUCGUCUUGUGCAUAUUUUUUACUACUUGCCUUUUGUACACCUUAAUAUGUGUUACAAAUAGAGUUAUUAGAGAUAGUGUUUUUAUUUUAUUGAGAAAGUUCAGUAAAAAAAUUUUUGAAAUAUGGAUGAUAGAACAAAGUAUGAGUGAUUUUUGUGAAUUGGACCGUUAUAAAAAUAAAAAUUCUUAACUGCUCUUUUCGCAUUUUAAGAAAACAAUCAUUACCUAUAAGUGAUAUUGAGUAGUUACUUUAAAAAAAUUAUGUUAAAAUUUUCAAUGUGAUGUAAUAUACAGGGACGGGAAUGUCUUAUGUUUCCAAGCUAUUAGCAUUUAUAUAAAAAUAUAACUUUGAAUUUGAGUUCUUUAUGUAUGUUUUUAAUAGAAGUAUAUUGUCAAUUGUAGUUACCAAUGAUAUAUGUUUUACUUUUAAACAAUUACUUUCAAUUUAUGACGAGAGGAGUAAAUUUUUAUAAUAAAUUUGUUGGGCAUUGUAAUGGCAGUCCUUUCCCUGGUUAUCUAUGAUAGUAUUGGAUAAUCUAAUGUCAGUAUUUAAAGUUAAGUUUUUUAUUUUUUAUUAUUAUUAUGAUUAUUAUAAUCAUCCUCCCCAAAGCGGUCAGCAUUAUUUCAUAAUGAAUGAUAGUAGGUGAUGAAUGCUUGAAGACUUUUUAUGUAAUAUUAUUUGAUCUCUUUAUAUUUACUAACAUAAAAAUGAACUUGAUUAUAAAAGAGCCAUCGUUAAAUGUGCCUAUUAAUAAAAUCGGUCGAGUAAAACAUGUAAACUAUUGAUAUUUACUUAAAAUUGUCAUUUGAAUUUGUUGUAUUAUACUUCGCCUCAGUGCACAUUUGGCUUCUUUACGUAUGAUUAUUUAAAAAUGAAUUGGAAUGACUUAGUGGAAAUUCAUUGCAGAAAUUGGGUAUUUUUUAUUUCUGUAAUAGAGAACAUUAUCAAUGGAACAAAUACUCAAAUCUCUUCAAUAAAUGUUCGCUAUUUAAAAUUGGAAAUUAAAAUAAUUUAAAAAUAAAAAAAAGAUUAUAAGGGCUGAACGGGUGUUCUUGUACAAACUAGUUAUAACAACUCAAGAGAAAGGUAUUUUGUAUUAUAGGAGUAACAAUUUUAUAUAAAUAAUUUUGUAUAUAUGUAUUCUAUACAUGUAUACUAUGUUUGUGUGAUUUUUUGUUAUAUUUCACAGUAAAAAUUUUAAUACUGUCUAAAUAUAUAUAUUUUUUUUGUAUAAUGAGAACUAAAGAAAUUUGUAUGUACUAUAUAUAAUCUAUUAUUGUCUUUCUAAAAGUGAAAAUCUAGACUUAUGUGAUACAAAUUGGAUAUGUACUUUAGUUGAACUCAACUAAUGGAUUACAGUAUCUGUUUUCACAUGUUGUAUCUUUUUAUCUUCCCUAUCCUUAUGGUGUUUGUCUGAAAGUUAAUAUGGUUCCUGUGGGUUCUAUUAGUUCUCAAUGAAAAAGUAAUUUUCUCUAUUGGUUUAAGGAAUCUCUUAUUUUUAUGCAUGCUUCAUUUUUCUUUUGUUUACUAUUUCAUAAGCGAAUGAUCCUUAACAUUAAAAUUUGUGAUACGAAGUAAAGGAACCAUUGAAAUAAAGUUCACUUGGCAUUCCUGAAACUUGUUCAUUUUUAUUAAAAUUUGAGUAAUAAACAAUAAACUAACACUAUAAACAAAAUUAACAACAUUAAUUAUUUUUUAUGUAUUAACAUUUUACGUUUUGCUUUAUUAUUAUUAUCAAGAUUUUGAAUUGUAUUUAAUCCAAAAAAAUAAACUAUUGAAUUUUAUCGAAGGUUAUCGCAAAGAGAUGAAGUUUUAUUGUAUAUCUGUUUUAGAACUCCUAGAACAUUUUAAUGGAAGAUAUUAGUGAUUUUUGGAGGUUUUGCAGUCUUCUACAGUCACUUCUAAUUGAGUCAGUGUUAAAAAUUUGUAUAUUGAGUAAAAAAAAGCUCCUGUCUUUUUCCAAGUAUAAAAGUUCCAACUUUUUUUCUUCCAUUCCACGUAAACUAAAUUAUAAAAUUUACAACAAUAAAAGAUGAAAAAUUUCAACAGUUGAUUUUAAAAUUAUAUUUAAUUAUCUUUAAAUUUAUUUAUUACAAGCAUAAAUUAAAUAAAUUUUCGUCUUUUUCAAAAAAAAUAGUGUAUUCUGUCACUCUUUUUUUCUUUUUAAUUCAAUUUUAACAGUUUUAUUCUUUAUGUAACUAUAAUUAAGAAUUGUAUUAAAAUCUCAGUAUUCCAAAAUAAUUGCUGUUGGGAAAGGUUCAGAUUACUGGUGUUCUAAAGAACUACAUACAAUAUAGCGUUAAAACUCAAUAAUUACCUACAACAUUAUUAACUAGAUGAAUAUGUGUGAACUCACUAAAAACCAUUAAAUUUGUAUUAUAGUUUAAAUUAUUUUAAAGAAUUUUUUUUAUACCUUUGGAGGUCUAAUUCCACUGGCUCUCUUAGACUUUAAAGUUUUGUAACACGUAUAAGUAUUCUUUGUUAAGAAAACUUACUGCUCAGCAUUGCGCAUCGUAUACUUUUCAAUAUAAUAUUAGUAGAAAGUAUGUUGAAACGAUGCACCCUGUAUCUUUAUGCUUUACUGUCGUUCCUUUUUAUAUUACAAGAUGAAUACUCAGUAAAUAAUCAUGAAUUCUUAGACUAAGGCAGGUGGAUAUAUAUAUACAUAUAUAUAUAUAUAUAUAUUCUGUUUGAAUUAUUGAGAAUGCAGGGUAACAAAUUUAAAUAAUUACUGAUAAAUUUGAUUUUGCUAUAUAUAUUUUUUUUUAAAUAGAGGGUAGAAAAUAUUUUAAUUAAAUAUCAAAACUAGGUAAUUGUUAUUACGAUAAUUAAAAUCUAUUUCCUCAUUGAAUUAGUACCUACUUAUAAAAAUAAAUUUGUAUGUAAGCGUUCUAUUGACUAUAAAUUAUUAGUAUACAGUUAAGUAUGAGAAUUUCAAAAAUAAAAGUUAUAAAUGUUCAUUAUAAAAAAGAAAGAAAUUGUAGAAUAAAAUAUAAUAAAUAUUAGCUGUGAUGGGUGAUAAAUAUUCAGGACGCACUCAUUAUAAAGUUUUUAUUAGUGCCGACUGAUAUGUUAAUUGCAGAAGUGUGAUAGUAGAUACACUUAAUUUUAAUAAAUGCUUGUUUGUUUACUCAAUAUUGUUAACACUUAUUUAAUGGAUCCACAUUGCUCACUUUUAGAAAUGAAAACAUUAGAUCCCAUCUUUCGGUUUAUUAGUCUUUGCUUCUUAAAUUCGUACAAAUUCUAUCUUCUAAUAAGACAAUUUGAUUAAUUAAAUACUUUAUUAUACUCGUAUAUUCAAUCAGGUAGGUAUACUUUAAGUGUUCUCAGUUGAAUUUCAUUUUAAUUCAAUUUUUAUUAACAAAUAUUUUAUUUUAUAGUAAUGUAUGACAUUGAAAAUCCUCGUUAUAGUAAAAGAAGAAUUAUUGUUUUGUUUUGACUUUAUUUCUGUUUAGGUGAAUCUACAUACCUGUGAAUCCCGAGAACCUUCCAUCAGUCAUUGUUAUACUCUUAUAGGUCUGUGAUUUAUCAAAUAUUGAACUGAAAACUACAAUGUUUAUUAGUUUUUAUCGGAAUGAUUGUUGUGUUGCGUUAUUGCCUGUUCUGUUGAGUAGAUCGUAAUCAUAAGUACAAAAUCUAUUACUAUAUAAUUACUUAUUCGAGUGUGUGUUUUGUGUAUGUAUAUGUCAUUUACAUACAAACUUGAAUUAAAUUUGCAUAGGUACAAAGCACAUAUAUUUAAUGUUUAUAUUUUUCUACUGGUUUUAUUUAAAGUUGGUUUAAUAACCUAUAUACAUAAAAAAAAUAGGUUGAAAAAAUUAUUGUGCAAUGUUGUCCAAUUCUAGAAAAAGAAAAAUUAAUGUAAGAUUUACCAUCAAUAACUUUCUUAUUCACUAAAUUAUUUGUCUUCUAUAUAGUUUUAAAAUUUAUCCGACUUACUGUCUGUUAGUUGCCACAGUACGAAUUUUUAUGUAAUUAAUUGAUGUUAGUGAAUCGGCUAGUUUUUUUGUUUUUUUUGUUUAAAGAAAUAUUGGUAUACUUUUUAUCUUUAGUUGAUCUCUUUUAACUUUUAUGCUUACCUGUAAUUUUUGUACCCAUUACUAUGUUUUGUUUAUUUACUUCAUUCUGACUGAUACCUUUUAUUACCAAAAUCAAGUUUAGUCUUAUUAUUGAAGAAGAACAUAACCCAUUUGUACCCGUCAUACACCAAUUUAUUAAAAGGCUCUUGAAGUAGAUAAACUAUUCAUAAAAAAGAACAAAAGUUAAGGAUAUAUUUUUAUUUUAUUUUUUGAUUUUCAAUUUGUUAAAUAUUUAUAAUAAGACUCUUCAAGAAAAAAGCUUUAAAAUAAAUUUAAGAAAAUGAUAUAUUUCUUCUUAAUUACUUUUAAAAAUGAAAUAGUGAUUUUUAAUAUAUGUUUAAUUGUAUAACUUAGAUUAAAAAAAAAAAUUGAAACUGUAAUAAAUUUUAAAGAAACAUA